AACGUUUUGACUUUAAAAAUCGGUGAAAAUACAAACAUAACUUACUUACCCUCACAGUUAGAAGAACAUGAAAACAAGAAUACCAGACACAGACAAGACGAAACUUUGGGCGAUGUAAGGCCGCCAGUCGUCUAUCAAAACUUGCUUGGCUGCUCUACAUUUCAUCAAAUCAGGUGGCAAUCAGGGGAUCGAGUCUCCCCAGGCCUCGAGAACAAGUAUGAUGGCCCAAAAUCCUCUGUGUCUGAAGUUCCGUGGGGGAACGCAGACAGCCUGUGCAAAAAGUUGCCUGCUGCCCAGUCACAGGAUUUCGCCGAAGAUUUCAAAGCUCGGCAUUGUCAGCGUUGAAAGAUGUCGGCUUGUGACUGGAACUCGGGCUGCUGUGGCUGGAGAGGUUUCGGUGCUUGAUACAAUUUCUUUGAAGAAGAAGAAAGGACUGGAGACGGAGCCCGCAGCCCUGUGGAAUCGGUACUUGGAUUGGCUAUAUCAGCACAAAGAGCUCGGAUUGUAUAUCGAUGUCAGCCGAAUCGGGUUUACCGAUGAAUUCGCGGAGGCUAUGGAACCGAAGUUUCAAGGCGCUUUUAAGGCCAUGGAAGAGCUUGAGGCUGGUUCGAUUGCCAACCCCGACGAGGGCCGCAUGGUCGGGCAUUAUUGGCUCAGGAAGUCCAGUAUUGCUCCUAAUCCUAAUCUGCGGCAGCAGAUUGAUAAAACGCUUGACGCUAUCUGCAAGUUUACCGACGAUGUAAUCAACGGCAAGAUCAAGCCACCAUCCUCUCCAACAGGACGCUUUACUCAUAUACUAUCUGUGGGAAUUGGAGGUUCUGCUUUGGGUCCAGAAUUUGUUGCAGAGGCAUUGGCUCCAGAUAAUCCUCCUCUGAAGAUGAGAUUUAUUGAUAACACAGACCCUGCAGGCAUUGAUCACCAAAUUGCCCAGCUUGGGCCAGAGCUUGCCUCUACGCUUGUUAUUGUUAUUUCAAAGAGUGGAGGUACUCCUGAAACCAGAAAUGGAUUGUUGGAAGUGCAGAAAUCCUUUCGUGAAGCGGGUCUUGAUUUCUCCAAACAGGGUGUUGCCAUCACUCAAGAAAAUUCUUUGCUUGACAACACGGCUAGAUUAGAAGGAUGGGUGGCAAGAUUUCCGAUGUUUGAUUGGGUUGGAGGUCGAACAUCUGAGAUGUCAGCUGUUGGACUGCUACCAGCUGCUCUUCAGGGAAUUGACAUCAGGGAAAUGCUUGCGGGUGCAUCUUUAAUGGAUGAAGCCACACGGGUUAACGUGGUUAAGACAAACCCUGCAGCCUUGCUAGCACUGUGCUGGUAUUGGGCCUCUGAUGGUGUGGGGUCUAAGGAUAUGGUUGUUCUUCCUUACAAAGAUAACCUGCUUUUGUUUAGUCGCUAUCUACAGCAGCUAGUCAUGGAAUCUUUAGGAAAAGAAUUUGAUCUAGAUGGAAAGCGGGUCAACCAAGGCUUAACUGUAUAUGGAAAUAAAGGAAGCACAGAUCAGCAUGCCUAUAUUCAGCAAUUAAGAGAAGGAGUCCACAAUUUUUUUGUCACUUUUAUAGAAGUGCUUCGUGACAGGCCACCAGGUCAUGAUUGGGAACUUGAACCAGGUGUUACUUGUGGUGACUACCUCUUUGGUAUGCUGCAGGGGACAAGAUCUGCUCUUUAUGCGAAGAACCGGGAAUCUCUUACUGUGACAGUGCAGGAAGUAACUCCUCGAACAGUUGGAGCUUUAAUUGCCCUUUAUGAGCGUGCUGUGGGCAUUUAUGCCAGCCUAGUCAACAUUAAUGCUUAUCAUCAACCUGGUGUGGAAGCGGGAAAGAAAGCAGCAGGAGAAGUAUUGGCUCUUCAGAAGAGGGUCCUUACAGUUCUAAAUGAUGCCAGUUGCAAAGAACCAGUUGAGGCUUUGACAUUGGAACAAAUAGCUGAACGUUGCCAUGCAGAAGAUCAAGUUGAAAUGAUAUAUAAAAUUGUUGCACAUAUUUCGGCAAAUGAUAGGGCACUGAUUGCUGAAGGAAGUUGUGGAUCUCCUCGCAGUGUCAAAGUUUUUACUGGAGAGUGCAAUGUGGAAGCACUGUAUGAGUAAAUAUAGAACUAUUGGAAAUUGACUACGUUCUUCUGCAGAAAGGAGCUGAAGCUUACAAAUGUUGUAAUUAAUUCAUUUUUGGGACAGCCUGUCUUUUAUUGCCUUUUAGAUUGUGUUUGUUACUGCUUGUGAGCUGAACAAUCACAUAGCAAAAGCAGUGUACUGGUUUGGAACUUAAACUGGUUGGUCACUUCUAUUUAUCUGCUUGUGUAAUUCGAAUUACAAGCAGCAACAAUAAUCUAUGCAACUGAAAUCGAUUGGUUGCAGACGAUAUUUUCUAUGAGCGGCCUUGCAUCUAAUCAUCUUAUUUGCUAGGUUUGCGAAUGAAUAGGAAAAUAAGUUGUAAUAAUCCUUUACACAAUCUAAACUAAAAUAGACAAAUAUUUUCACAAUA